AUGAAGGAUUAUUUGUGUAAACCCGAAGACAACAUCUACAGUAUUGAUUUCACCCGCUUCAAAAUUCGCGACUUGGAGACAGGGACAGUGCUGUUUGAGAUCGCCAAGCCCUGCGUCUCAGACCAAGAGGAGGAGGAGGAGGCAGGUGGGGAUGUGGAUACCAGUGCAGGACGCUUCGUCCGCUAUCAGUUCACACCAGCAUUUCUCCGCCUCCGGACAGUCGGGGCUACGGUGGAGUUCACCGUGGGAGACAAACCUGUGUCAAACUUCCGGAUGAUCGAACGGCACUAUUUCCGGGAGUGCUUGCUGAAAAACUUUGACUUUGAUUUCGGCUUCUGCAUCCCCAGCAGCAGGAACACCUGUGAACAUAUUUACGAGUUUCCCCAGCUUUCUGAGGAUGUCAUUCGUCUGAUGAUUGAAAACCCCUACGAGACCCGUUCUGACAGCUUCUACUUUGUUGACAACAAGCUGAUAAUGCACAACAAGGCCGACUACGCCUAUAACGGAGGCCAGUGACUGCGGGGCUGGACAGGGGAGUGCUUUGCUGCCGCCCAUGGUCCUGGCGCCUGGAAGUGGUUAAAGCUGCUGUAUGUCACGCACCGGGGACCUGGCCCCAGGAAGCCACAGCUGGGGGGCAGUUUCCGGUGCCCCGAGAGAGGUGCCAAGCAGCGCUGUGUUUCCUCCCCCAGUAUUUUCUUUUUCCUCUUUCCCCUGCCCUUUAGGUCAGAGGUCCUAUAUAGCAAAGAUUAGGAUAAGGUUCCUCAAAUCCAGAUUGAAAAAGGAAGAUUAUUUUCAUGUAGUCAUAGCUGCCUAGUGGUUGUCCUGACGAGCCUGGGUCUCUGCAGGGCUGUGCCGGGCGAGGAGGCUCGAGCCUUCUGUAGGUUCCUGGGUGCCGUGAGCUGCGAGCUCAGCCUCUUCCGGCACCGUCUCUUAUUUCUGGGGUUGCCAUCGGCACAGUCUGACCUCAGCCUGUGCAUAGUUAUAAACCAAAUGGAAAGAAACUUGAAGGGGUGAGGGGAGGAAUGGCGCCAAGAGGUGAGGCACGAGGCUGGUGAGGCUGCUCACCUGCCUGACCUGCACGGUCCCCGGCAGUCCUCCCGGGACCCAGCAAGGUGUCAGCUGGCAGUGCCUUCCGACCCUCGUUCUGAGGGGAGAGGAGCUUGCCUGCUUCGGGCUCCUGACUCAAGUACCUUCUGAAACGGAAUGUCAUCUCUCUCGAGGCCGAGCAGGCCUCGUGGUGUGUUGUUUUUUCCAGGCUUCUUUUUGGGAGGUUGUAUGAAAUGUCAGUGGUGGUCCUGGCGUAUGUGACGUGCAGUUAGACUUCUGAUAGCACAGUUCAGGCCCUUGGGGCUACUCUGGCUCACAUUGGGGCUGGUAUAGUCACUGACCAGCAGCCGCUUAAAGGCCGCGUUGGAUUUCCUGCUCAGCAUGGCCUGGAGGGCUGGCUUUUGAUGGGGAUUUGCCUCUAAACCUCUGUGGACUUCUUACUUAGGGUCUCUCUGUCUGCCUUUCUGCUGAAAUUGUUUCUGGAACCAUCCUGGCAGGUCAGAUCUAAGUAAUGCAUAUCGGUCCUUCAAACUGC